AUGAAGCACAUAUCUGGCUCGAAAAGGCUAUUGGAGUUCCUGAACACCUUCGAUAUGCCGACAAAAACGAAGACAAGAAGCUGGCCAUUCCGGCCCAGCUAUCAAUCGACAUCAAGAAGUCCAAGUUCAAACAAGCAGUUCUUACCCAAGCAGCAGGGGACCCAGGAAAUUCCCAACGCUUUCAAAACUUGGGGUUUUCCCAGCGUGGAAGGGGAAAUGGAGGUGGACGAGGACCAGGUCGUGGUACCUUCCAGUCAAAACCCCGACUACCCCACAACCAACCAGCAUCUGAGACACCAGCACACCCAGGCCAGUGGGAAACCUCUGAAGGACUUGUCCUUCACACAGGUGAUUUUAGUGCACCCAUCAGAGGGAGCACACUAUGUGAUUCCAGAGGAUGGCAUUGCCCCAGGUGGACGUCUUCAACAUUUUCAACACACCUGGGAGAAGAUGACAAAGCAGACUUGGCCACAGGCAGUAGUCCAGGAGGGAUACCAAAUUCUGUUCAAACAGGCCCCAAUUCCUUGGAGAACUCCACAGCACAAGAUAUCACAACAAGCAACAUUGGAUUUAGAUGAGACGGUCCAGAAAUUUCUGUUGACCCAGGUGAUAGAGGAGUCGCCCAAUGGAAACGACCAAUACUUAUCCAAGAUGUUUGUGAUCCAAGAGAAAGACAAGAAAAGGCUAAUAUUGGACUGUCAGAAAAUCAACUCGUAUGUACAGCUCCAACAUUUCAAAAUGAAAGGAGUACCAGCCUUGAGGGAUAUGGUAACCACCAGAUCAUUUAUGACCAAGAUCGACUUGAAGGACACAUACUUGGUAGUCCCCAUACACAAAGCCUCCAGACAAUUUCUCAGUUUCUGA